AUGAACGCAGCGUGCGUCUCAUACUGCGAUAUGACAUCGAUGGAUUCAUAUUAUAGCACGUCUACUGCGCAAGGUAGGGAUCACCAGGCGAACCCGUUCAGGACUUUCCCGACCACUGAAACCAAAUACAGCCCCACGUUCAUUCCGGGGAAAGGGCAGCCUUACGGAGAGAAGUCCCGGAGUCCUUUCCAGCCGGAGUGCCAGUCAUUGGAUGGCGCUGAGGAGGGCACCUUCAACAAAUACCAGCUCUACAUGCAGCGGCCGACCUGCAAAACUCCGCCCGAAGGCAGCAAGCUUCACCCGGACAGCGGACUCAACGGGACGCUCAUUCCCUGCUAUGGUGAGUGCGCACAAGAGAGAGCCAAGUGGAGGAAGAGGGAGCGCUUUGGCCAGAUGCAACAGGUCCGGACACACUUCUCUACUGCUUAUGAGCUGCCUCUACUGACUCGGCCUGAGAACUAUGCACAGAUCCAGAACCCUACGUGGAUCGGGAGCAGCAGUGGAGCAUCUCCUGUGCCGGGUUGCGUUGUACCUUGUGACUCCGUCACCUCUUGCAUGCCGCCUCACCCUCAUGGUCCCGGAGGCGUCACUGACUUCCUGGGCGUGCCCAGUCCAGGGAGCAGCCACAUGGGACAGACACAUAUGGGCAGCCUUUUUGGAGGUCCUGGGAUGGGCGGUGGAAUCAAUGGCUAUGAUCUCAAUGUUGAUCCAGACCGCAAGUCCUCCAGCAUAGCUGCGCUGCGUAUGAAGGCCAAGGAACACAGUGCAGCCAUCUCUUGGGCUACAUGA